AUGGGCCCAGUUGGACCUGGUAUUGACCCCUCACUACCAAUACAGAGGGAUAUUAUCAACUUAAAAAGCUGUUCUCUUUACCCCCCUCCUCCAGGCACACCUCCAAGAACACACAGAGAAAGACCACCUGGAUGUCGGACGAUUUUUAUAGGGGGGUUACCAGACACAGCGACUGAAGAGAUAUUGACAGAGGUCUUUGAUAGUUGUGGACCAAUCAUUAGUGUACGCCUCAGCAAGAAGAACUUUGCUCAUAUCAGAUUUCAGAUGAUGGACAGUGCUGAUAGAGCUCUAUUUAUUUCUGGUUAUAGAAUGAAAAUAGAAAAUAAGGAUGAUAAACCUAACACUGGACGAAUCCAUGUGGAUUACGCAGUAGCCAGGGACGACCAGUAUGAAUUUGAAUGUCAACAACGUGCCUUGGCUAGAGAAAUGAGACAUCGGAUGUCUGUUGAGGAAGCCAGACUUCGAGGACCUAGCCCACCACCAGUUACACAUUUCAAUGAUCAUGAAGCCUCGGUCGUGUUGGACCAGUUAAAAAGUGAUGAAAAUUUCAUCAAAGCGUCCAUUACUCUAGUCACAUGGUUAGAAAGAGGAGACUGCGUCCGUCGUACAUCCAAUAUGUUCUUCAGCAUGAUUCAAGCCUCCAAUUCACACGUCCGAUGCCUGCUGAACGAGAAACAGCAAUUCGAAGAAGAUCUUCAGCGAGCCAAACUAACAUUCCGUCAACAAAUUGAAAGUAUCUUAAAACAAUUUGAUCAAAUUGACAAGAUAUUUGCUGCUGCAUCAAAACAGAGAUGUUGGGAUCAUUUUUCCAAGGCACAGAGAAAGAGUAUUGAACUCUGGAACAAGCAAGCCAAGGAGAUCCACAUAAACCAGCAGGAAGAAUUCCUGAAUGAAAGGGAAGAAGAUGAGAUGGAUCUAUCAGACCAGGAAGAUACAGAGGUAGAAGGGGACAAGCCAGAGGCUGCUGAUAAAGCUGAUGCUGAAGGAGCACCUAGUUUAAGGGAAGAGAAUGACUCGUUGAAGUGCCAACUAGAAGGUUAUAAGAAUGAAAUAGAUUUAAUCAAACAAGAUUCCCUAACUCAAGUCAAAGCCUUACAGAACACUUUACAAGCCUUACAACAGAUUACCAUUACUGAAGAUGAUCAUGUGGCAUCCAAGAAAGACGACUCCAAAGAAGCUGAAGAGGAAGCAGAUGUGAUCACCAUUAAAGAUGACGAGGACCUUCCCAUAGUAGAAGAGGUUAAUGACACUACAUCUGUGGUACCAUUGAGUCAGUCUUUUGGAAAGGAAAUGGCGGUGGAGAUCAUCCCUGUAUUUAAAGUGCCCACUGAUCUCGGAGAGUCCACUGUCACCAGUUCUGGAAUUAAUUUGAAUCCUAAAGAAGCAAAAUUAUUGGGUUUAAUUUGUUGUUUCUUGCACGUUCAUCCAUUUGGAGCCACGGUGGAUUACCUAUGGUCCUAUCUGAAUCAGCUUGAAAUUGUCAAGCCGCGAGAAGUGGAAGAUCUCUUGGAAAGAUUCCCCAUGCUGUUUAAGCAGAUCGUUCAUGGCAUUGGCGCAUCCAUAGAACGAAGAUGGAAUUUUUGCGGAUACACGAAUUUGACUGGAUAAAGAACAAUAGUGCUGCAAGAAAAUUAAACUUUGUGAAAAUGUGAUUUGAACGCAUGAAGGCUGUAAAUUAUACAAGAUAUGGUUGACACCCCCUUUUUUUUGUAUCAACUCUUCCACACUUACAUUUUUUUAACUAGUAUGACACCUAUUAAAGAUGUACGAGAUAAGUUCAUUUUCAAAAUAAGGGGUGUUUUGUGUGGUCACAUAACUAACUUGAAAAAUGAGAACAAAAUUCAGAAUCACUUUCAAGAAUGAAUGAAAUAUCCCAUACAAUAUAAAUGAAACAAAUUAAAUAGGAUUGCAUUUUGAAUUAUAUUACCCAAUUGUGUAUAAAUAUAAAAUUGGUUAAAAGAUGAUUUGUAAUUUGUAGAAUUAGGGCGUGGAUUUGCUAAAAGUGUUUUUAUUUUUGUUUUGUUUUUUUUUGUGAAUGAAAUCCAGUGGUAUGUUGAAAGGGAACAGACAUAUAAAUUUUAUCAUCAUUUUCAUCCAAGCCUUUUAAAUGUACUGUACAUGUGAAAUAUAUUUUAUUAGCU